AUUGAGAUAGUGGAGGAGAGGAGGCUUGUUGGGCACGAAUGCCACUCGUUGCGCGUGCUUAUAAUUUGGAGAGGUGUAUGCAGCGCACGGCCCGGUCGCCUUUCCAGGUGGAAAUCCACGAGGAGCUGAGACCGAACUUAACUGGGACGACUGGUGAACCCAGUUCAGGACAGGUGAAAUUCCCAGCAGGCUGGGGAAGGCCACAGGAUCGAUUCCGAUGCAGGAAAAUAACAGCCAGCACGGGUCAUGGAUGAACUCCAGCAAAAUAUUGGAUGUUUGACACCAACAGUUGAAGAAUAACUGAGGAGUACCAAGGACAUUUUUUUUUUCAUUGGAUUCAUUUUUUAAUAAUUAAAAAUACAAUUUUUUGUCAUUGACAAUGGGUAAUAUGCCAUGAAAGCGAGGCUAAUCGACAAGGAAUUAGUCAAAUAACCGAUGUGAAGGACUACAAUUCAAAGCCGGAAGGAUUUUAAGUGAAACGGCGCAGACAUGAAGGAGAAAUCUAAAACUGCCGCAAGGACUAGACGAGAAAAGGAGAACAGUGAGUUUUAUGAACUGGCCAAAAUGUUGCCUUUACCGUCCGCCAUCACCUCCCAGCUGGACAAAGCGUCCAUCAUAAGACUGACGACCAGCUACCUGAAGAUGAGGAUUGUUUUCCCUCAGGGUCUUGGGGAAGCGUGGGGUCAUACAAGCCGAUCAAGAUCUUUGGACAAUGUUGGACGAGAGCUGGGAUCUCAUUUACUGCAGACGCUGGACGGAUUCAUCUUCGUUGUAGCUCCAGACGGGAAAAUAAUGUACAUAUCAGAGACAGCGUCCGUCCAUUUAGGACUCUCUCAGGUAGAGUUGACCGGUAACAGUAUUUAUGAGUACGUCCAUCCUGCCGAUCAUGACGAGAUGACCGCCGUGUUGACGCCACAUCAGCCAUAUCACUCACACUUCGUCCAAGAAUAUGAAAUGGAGCGCUCUUUCUUCUUGCGGAUGAAGUGCGUGCUGGCAAAAAGGAACGCAGGCCUGACCAGCGGUGGAUACAAGGUGAUCCACUGCAGCGGCUACCUGAAGAUCCGUCAGUACAGUUUGGACAUGUCACCCUUUGAGGGCUGCUAUCAGAACGUAGGUCUGGUUGCUGUGGGUCACUCUCUGCCUCCGAGCGCCGUGACGGAGAUCAAACUGCACAGCAACAUGUUCAUGUUCAGAGCCAGCCUGGACAUGAAGCUCAUCUUCCUCGACUCCAGGGUGGCCGAGCUGACGGGUUAUGAGCCCCAGGACCUGAUCGAGAAAACCUUGUACCAUCACGUCCACGGCUGUGACAUCUUCCACCUCCGCUGUGCACACCACCUCUUGCUGGUAAAAGGCCAAGUCACCACUAAGUAUUAUCGUUUCCUUGCCAAGCAUGGCGGCUGGGUCUGGGUCCAGAGUUACGCCACAAUUGUGCACAACAGCCGGUCCUCGAGACCCCACUGCAUCGUCAGUGUCAACUAUGUCCUCACGGAUACUGAAUACAAAGGAAUGCAGCUGUCCUUGGACCAAAUGAGCCCAACCAAGCCUGCCUUUCCCUACGCUGAUAGUCACAGUGAAGACAGGAAGAGUACCAAGUCACGUCUGACCACCACAAAGGCCAAAGCUAGAGUGUCACCCUACCCACAGUUUUCAGCUUUCAAUCCAGAGCGUUCAGAGUCAGACCAAGACAGCCAAUGGGGAGGCAGCCCACUGACGGACUCCGCAUCUCCUCAGCUGUUGGAUCCCAGCGAGGCAUCAGAGGCGUCCUGCGCCUACCGACUGUAUCCAGACUCAGGAUCCUUGUGCUAUGGCCUGGGUCUAUCAGAGGAUGAUCUUGCCCAUGCCCAGACACAUCCUCACACAACCACCUGCGACCGAGUGCGAUGCCAGAGCGGCCGUUACUUCCUCGGGACCCCUCAGUCGGGAAGAGAUAUGUGGUGGGACGCCACGCGUUCUGUUCUCUCACUGCCGAAGACGUCUACUGAGAACAGCGAGGGCUACGAAAUCACAUCCUACCAUGGAGCAAUUCACGGACGGGGUCAAUGGGAUGAAGACAGUGUGGUGAGUUCACCCGAUGGAGGCGGGUCCACCAGUGAUUCAGGUGAACGCUACCAUGGUGACCACUUCCGGGCAAGAGAGCCAAGCAAGAUGGAGACUCUUAUCCGGGCCACACAGCAGAUGAUCAAAGAGGAAGAGACUCGUUUGCAGCAACACAAAGCGCCACUGGACGUCUCUGGACUUGUCAAAGCGCACAGCCCAUGCUUCACCUCUGUGUUACCCCACCACCCCCAGCUCACCAUGCCCAGCGUCGUGUGUCGUGGCCCUGGAGCCUCCAGCAUCGACCUGUCCUCUGAACGCCUUCAUCAUCGGGAUGGCGUCAAAGUGCUAGGUCCACAUGAUACUGACGAAAACACAACUAGUCCAGUGUCCAUGUCUCGUCUCAGCAGCCCCAGCUCAGAUGGGAUCCCAAGAUCAGGCCUUUCUCUUGCCAAAGACUACAUGCAGACGGAUCUGUCGCCUCAUCCUCCACAGCCUCAAGGAAGUCCGCUGCUCUAUACAGCCCAAGAUCGACAACCCCUGGACAGGCAAGCGGCCUACGCUUUGACUGGGUACUCCUUGGAGCACCUGUAUGAUCCAGAGAAUCUGAGGAGUUACUCGGGCCUGGCUUGUGGGGGAGUCCAGUACGAUGUGGCAUCGCAUGUGAGGAUGCAAGCCGAGCAGAUGCAGGGACAUAAGGCCACAUCAGUUAUCAUAACCAAUGGGAGUUGACGAUGUCUGGUGCACAUAGGUCCUGUUCUCAUGAAAAGGGUGUUGCAGGAAGGUAGUGCUUGAUGCACAAGCAAACACUGAGCAGGUGAUUGAUACAAAUGGAGGGACAACAAAAAAGAACACAGUACCUGUGCAAGGUUGGUUUGCUCUUGGUGGCUCAUUCAGCACAAGUUGUGUGUUGCCAGCCUUUGCAUUGCACAAUUCUCUUCAACUUAUCAUCAAAGGAUGAUAUGAACCAGCGUUUAAGAAGUGACAUUGGGUAUGCCACUUCACAGGAAGGGGGUUUGCUCCAUUUCAAGAAAGGUGUUAUUUUAGUGGCGUCAAACUGAUUUUACCUCCCUGCCAAAGGCGACCCAAGUUCUUAGUCUGGUUAAACAUCAACCAGUGUUUCUGUUCCAAACGCCUCACGCACUGUUGGCCAUGUGAGUUAAUCUGUCCUGGACACAGUUUCCAAAGGUAGAAAGAAAGUAUGUUGUUCCAUUGCCCCUUUACCUGAAAACUCUGUCACAGGGAGCAUAAUGUUUGACACGUGAAGUGCAACAUGGGAAAGGCAAGCGUUUUACUAUUGUAAGAUGUCAGUGUUUCCUGGUAUUUAUUUGUCAGUGGGCUGUUUUCUGUAUGUGUCAUUUUUUCCUGUCCAAGUAGAAUCUUAACUGGUUGAAUAAAAUUAGUUUCGGUGUUUGGAUGACACCUAUAUUAGAUUUUUUAAAAACAUUGAAGAGGGAAAACAGAAAAAAAGCAUCUGAUUUGUAAAAGUGUUAAAUGAACAAGUAAUCUUCUGAUUUCAUGUGGGCUGGUAUGCGCCCUCCCUUGGGGCGUAAAGAGAUGACGCACUUGUAAUCUGCCUUUUACAUCUAAAUAUAGGCACAGUCUGUUUCCACAUACAGUUAGCUACAGGAGCUAAAAGGAUACAUUUAAGGGUAUUAUUUUUCCUGUUUUACCUCACCUAACUGUUACCCUACUGAUCAGCAUAUAUCAAGUGUGCUUUAAACUCUUACUGAACAUAAGAUUGUUCUUAAAGAAUCCAUUCACUUUUUGUCCUGAUGGCCUAAAUGGUGAAAAUAAUUGAUAUGAACUCCUCUAAAAAUAUGUCAAAUGUCUUUUGUCUCUUAUUUAAUUUGUGAUGUAAAUAUUCUCACUCAAUGAACUUUUGAAAAAAAGUGACAAGAUUAUUUAUUGAUUGGUUUUAAAAAGUCUCUUAAUCUAAAUACAGUUGC